CCCGGGACCGCCGCCAUGUGCGCGGCCGUCUCCGCCGGCGGCGGGCGGGCGGCGGCCCGGCGGUUCAGCAAAGCCAGGGGGGCGGCCGGAGUGGGCCAGCUCCAUAGCACAGCCAGCGUCCCGAGGCGCAGCAGGAGGAGGAAGAGCGUUGCCAUUGCCUAUGAAUCUGGGGAGAGGGAUGGUGGCGAGCAGGGGGCGUCUGAACCCCAGAGACCGCGCUGGGAGCCGAGGGACUGGCAGCAGCAGCUGGAGCGCAUCAGGGAGAUGAGGAGGAGCAGAGAUGCUCCCGUGGAUGAGAUGGGAGUGGAGAAGUGUUACGACAGCAGCGCACCUCCGCAGGUGAUGCGCUACCAAGUUCUCCUGUCGCUGAUGCUCUCCAGCCAGACCAAGGACCAGGUGACAUCGGCUGCCAUGCUGCGCCUGAGGCAGCACGGCCUCACGGUCGACAGUAUUUUGCAGAUGGAUGAUGCGACGCUUGGGCAGAUCAUUUACCCUGUGGGAUUUUGGAGGAACAAGGUGAAGUACAUAAAGCAGACGACAGCCAUCCUGAAGGAGAAAUAUGGGGGUGACAUCCCAAGAACUGUGGAGGAGCUGGUGCAGCUGCCAGGAGUUGGCCCCAAAAUGGCCCACUUGGCCAUGAACAUUGCCUGGGACAGCGUGUCUGGGAUCGCUGUGGACACCCACGUGCACAGGAUCACCAACAGGCUGAAGUGGGUGAAGAAGGAGACCAGAUACCCCGAGGAGACUCGGGUGGCACUGGAGGAUUGGCUGCCCAGGGAUCUCUGGAGGGAGAUAAACUGGCUCUUGGUGGGCUUUGGUCAGCAGACCUGCCUGCCCGUGAAUCCCCGCUGCAACGAGUGCCUCAAUCAAGACAUUUGCCCAGCUGCUAAGAGACGCUGAGGGAUCAUCCGGUCCUCAUAGAGCAACAAAAGCUGCUUCAGCUCAGCAGCAGCCCGGAGCUGAGCCCCAGUAAAGCUGUGCUUUGCACGGGGCUGGCUGUGUGACUGCAGGGAAACAGGAGACCGCUGCAGCCAGCUCAGCAUCUCUGGGGAAGGAGCAGCCGCUGGCGACGGCUGAGCUCUCCAGAGGAAAAAGGGUCUUUCAGAGGGCAGCAUCCUGCUGUGUCAGUGGGGAAGGCUCCAGCCCCCGUGUGAAUGCCUGAGCAUGUCCCAGCUGAGGAGCAGGCUGUGCCGCCUCAGGAGUAGCUGGAGAGAAAUGCUUUGUCUUAGGAGACUUGCUGCUGCUUGUAAAUACACACGUAAUAAAGGUGGUGGGUUGGUUGGGGUUUUUUUUGCUA